GUCACUCGCUCGGAGUUGGUUCAUAAUAACCUCGGGUUGGAAGUUCUUCAUCCAUCAUCCCAGUCGCACUUGCUGCAUUCCUUCCUUCCCCGCCAUGGGCUCUCAAAUUCCCCCAAAACGAUUCGAUAUCAAGAGCGUGGCCGUCAUCGGCGCUGGGCCUUGCGGUCUUGCCGCGGCCAAGUACCUGGUCGCCCAAGCCGCCUUCAAGAACAUCGUCAUAUUUGAGCAGCAGUCCGAGGUGGGAGGAGUCUGGAAUUACAGUCCCAACCCGCCAAACACGCUCCAUGUGCCUCAAGUGAGCACCGACUGCGCUCCCGAACCGCCCUUGCUGUUGCGUCGAGGCGAUGCCCCUGUCUUCCCGUCGCCAAUGUAUGAGGUCUUACACACAAAUAUUCCCCGGGCGCUGAUGCCUUUUUCGGAUCUUGCUUUUCCAGAUGAUGCCCUCAUUUUUCCCUCCAGGGAAGACGUGCAGGAGUACUUGGUCAGAUACUCCAGAGAUGUCCGUCAUCUCAUACAAUUCUUCACGCAAGUCAAGGACGUUCGUCUGAGGCAAGUUGAGGGCAAGGACCAGUGGGAUGUAGACGUGGUCCGCCUUCGGACAGGCGAGAUCUCAACAGCUACAUACGACGCCGUUGUCGUGGCCUCUGGUCAUUAUGCUGUGACUUACAUUCCGGAUGUUAAAGGGAUAACAGAGUUCCAUGCGACAAAUCCCGGGGUCAUCUCACAUUCCAAGCAUUACCGAACACCGACACCCUUCGCCGGCAAAAAGGUUGUUGUCGUCGGUAAUGCCGCUUCAGGUCUUGACAUUGCUGCGCAGAUUAGUCCACUUUGUCGAAACCCUCUUCUGUUGUCUGUGCAGACAGCCACGUCACCCGCGAAUCUGGAGUUUUCUGGGGCCCAAGAGGUUCCAGUGAUCGAAGAGUUCCUCGCAGCGGAAAGAGGCAUCAGGUUCCAGGACGGGAGGGUCGAAAAGGACAUUGAUGCCGUCAUCUUUGCAACGGGCUAUCUCUAUGCUUUCCCCUUCCUUCGUUCGCUAAACCCGCCGUUGGUGACGGACGGCCGGCGGGUUCACGGCUUAUACAAGCAUCUCUUCCGCAUAGACAACCCAACGUUAGUGUUCCCCGGGCUCCCCAUCAAGGUGGUGCCGUUUCCGUUUUCCGAGAGCCAGGCGGCCAUGUUCUCGAGGACAUGGGCGAAUGUGCUGCCUCUGCCGUCACCCGAAGAGAUGCGGGCAUGGGAGGAGGAAGAGGCCAAGCGACGAGGUCUCAAAUUCCAUGUCUUCCCAGAGGGCGGUGAUUCCGAGUAUAUCAACUCGGCCCACGAUCAGAUUGCAGCUUCGAACACUCCGGGAAAGGAACCGCCGCAUUGGGGCCUGGAGCAGGUGUGGCAAAGGCAGAUCUACUCCCAGGCCAAGUUGGCGUUCGAAUUGGGCGGGCGGAAUGCCAAGACCCUCGAAGAACUUGGUUUUACCUAUGCGCCCAUAUCAGAAUGACCAUUGCGCAUCCGCUCGUUGCUAAACUGCACAAUACGCAUCAUUCCGGCCCAAGCUCCGGGGACUGGGCGAGCUGGGCUAGUUUCGUAGGGCUUUGUCCCGAUCCGGAGUCAGCCACAUGCGGGUCUCAGAACUUGCGCUGAUCACCGGCUGAUCGGUGCCAGAGCAAUGUCUCCGAUUGAGACCGGGCCCGGAACCGAAUGCGAAUAGCUUCCUUACACCCACGACAUCCGGGGAAGUUGAGAUCAAGAUUUGGAAAUGGCCCGGGUUUAUGGUUCCUGCGGAGAC